AGUGACAAGAGUGAAAUGGUUAGCGCAACCCUUGGAAAUGAGGAAAUUCUUCAGUUUCAAUCAAGAUGACAGAACAAUAAUACCAACAAUUCCGAAAUGCCGACAACAUCAUUGAAGAAGUUUGUGUCAGAACUGCUUCCACCUCUGCAAACAAUGGUAACUCAUCAUGCUCUGUGUGGUUGCAAGACAUUCGAGAAGUGUUUCCGGAUGCACUGCGAUUUAAGUUGAAUGGCCAUCCCAUUCCUUUUAGAUGCUGAUGGCAACAGAAUCGAACCUCCACGCAUUGCGUUCUAUCUUGACAAGGUCCUGGAUGUCAUUACAGGAAUAUCGCCGAUCUGCAACUGCAACAAUAGUAGCAACGUCAAUAGCAACCGCAAAGUCGUCAUCCGUUUACCUAUAUCGCAGAAGUUAUCAAAUCUGACUUCCUCACAUGAACUCCUUUUACCAAUAUCAAAUUUGGUUCAGUCUUUCAACCAAUCUUUUACUGGCAACAACGCACAAGCCGAGAUGAUCAACUCUAACCUUGAAAAGAUUGCAGAGUUGCUGCUUGAGGCCAAAGAGAAGGAUGACAAAAUAAUUGAACCGCAAUUAGAGGCUAAGGAGAAGAAUGAUAAAAUGCUUGAGCUACAAAGCCAAGCCCUUGACAGACUUGCCAUCCUUCAAAAGCAGGCCAAUGCUAUCCUCACUCAGAACUUUGAACUAUACGAAUAUCCAAUCCCUCGACUUUUUAUCAUUUUACCUGACAACACCACCACCAAAUGGGACCCAAGGAAAGUUUUGAGGAACAAAUUCCGCCUUUAUUUCCUCUGUGAAUGUGGGGAUCACACUGCAGAGACAAGCAAGAGUAUUCAGAACCAAAUUCAUAUUGCCAAGCAUGAUGGAUAUGAAGUCCGAGACAGCACAGAGUUCUUUCGGAAGUAUGGGAAAUAUAUGCUAAUCCUUUUACAGAUGCUCAAGUUAGGAAUGGGAGCAACCCCGGCUACUUCAUUGACACCAGGUCCAAAUCUGAUCGAUGCUGCUAUCGCUUACUCAAUCGCUUAUAUGGGUACGCUUUCCAAGAAAUAUCCAGUUUUGGACAACGCCAACGCAAUCGAUGACUAUGGAGAGCUUGAAGGGGCUGACCUUCGACAGCUGGACACAUUCCUUCGUAUUAACGAUGAGGGCAGAAAACUUGGUAACCUGUACAGGAUCACUACAGAAACAGGCCGUGUCAAAUGGGUUUGUUUUGAACACUAUCGUUGGACAUAUAGAGAAGCAGAACAGAAAGUGUUUGAAAAUGCAGUGGAGACGAAUGGAGGUGAAUAUGACUCGCACCUUGGUAAAGUGGUUAUCACAUUGGAAUCAAAAACUAGAGCUGGAGAAUUCUUCGAUGCGCUGACCAAUGCAAGACGUGUUUACGAGCUGGUCAUCGCAUUCAGGUGGCAAUGGACCAAGACUGACCUUGAAGCAUUUGAGAAAGCACUCAAGAUGUCUAGUGUAUCGAUUCUUCGACUUGAUCUUGGAGAAUUUCAAGGGAGCACAACCAGAAAAAUACUUUCUACAUCUUUACGAUACGAAAUACUUGUUCGCAUCAUGGAGAUUAGCAACAUGAAGACGAUUCAUAUUGCUCUAUCCCCCGACCUCAUAAAGUUUUCAAAUUUACAGCCCAGAAGAUCGUCACAGCUUCAUCAGCUAUCCUUUAAGGUGCAACCUCAAUCGAUCAGAGCUGGUGAAUAUCGAGUAAUUGCAAAUUCACUCAAGUCCAACACAGCUUUGACCGCCUUGGACCUGAGAGAUAACUUAAUUGGGGAAGAAGGGGCCCUGACACUGUCUAAGGCACUAAAGACGAACACGACACUAGCCACUUUGAACUUACUCGACAACUCAAUUGGAAAAGAAGGAGCUGUAGCACUGUCAGAAGCACUCAAGACGAACAGGACUUUGGCCAUUCUGGAUGUAGAGUACGAUUCGUUUGCGUAAGAAGGAGCCCUAAUGCUGUCAAGGACCAACACGACAUUAACCAGUUUGGCCUUUAGUAAUAAAUCAAUUGGAAAUGAAGGAGCUUUGGCACUAGCUAAGGCACUCAAGACGGUCACAACUUUGACUUACUUGGAUUUGAGAUACAACUCAAUUGAGGAUGAAGGGGCUGUAGCACUGUCAGAGGCACUCACGAUGAACACAAGUUUGACUACCUUGCACUUGGAUAGCAACUCAUUAGGGAUGAAGGAGCU